AACUCCCAAAACAAAGACAGUCAUUUACUUAUCUAGAGCACACUUCAAGAAUAAACACAAUCAUGCGACCAAUCGGAUCAUUCAGAUAUGAGUCCGUCAAUUAUGUGUUAGAUAUUCGGUUGUUAGUUGUUACGGUUGCAUUGUCUUCAGUGGGCAGUGAACUAGUCCCAAUUGAUACUGGGCUUAGUAAUGACAAAAUGUUGAUAAAAGAUUAACGCGACAGUAUCAUUUGAUCGUCCGACAGAAAAACAUCUCCGCGCCGAGGACUGGAUAGUUCAGUGUCGCUCAUACUCUACGUGCGGAGGAGCAGUGUAAUUGAAUCAAUUCAACGAACGCCUUCCGUUGGUGAUUUCGCUUCAGUUAAGUGUGAUCGGUGAAGGAUUGACAGAACGUUCGCUGGUGAUGUUGAUUACAGAGUUCGAUAUACGGUGAAGUGAUUCAAACAGGAUAUCAGAAUGUUCAGAUUUGCAGUAUACCCGUCUCUCCUGUUGAUACUGACUGCUACAAACACAGAUGCCAAGGAGAUGACAGAAAUCGAGGCGUUGGGAGCGAAGCCGACGCGUUGUACGUACGCAUACGCCUUUGAGAUGUAUGGCGCCCACUGCGCUGGCCUCAGACUGAAUAAAAUACCAAGUCUCAGAAGUGGGAUUGAGAUCCUUGACUUCAGCGACAACAAGUUACAAGAAAUACACGCGGACACAUUAUCGUCAUACUCGAGUAUAAAAUUUUUAUACUUGACCGAAAACCAAAUCUAUUCCAUCCACACAGACGCUUUCGCCUACCUCACUAAUCUACAAACGCUUGAUCUAUCUAAAAAUGUGAUAUUACAAAUAACAGAUUCUAUAUUCCAAUUGCCGUCGUUAAGAAAACUGUAUCUUAGUGGGAAUCCAUUGUUACAUUUAAGUUUGAAUGAGAUGAUAAUUCACAAGCCUAUCAAAGCGCCAUUGGAGCUGCUAGAUUUGUCCGACUGCAAGAUAAAAGAGCUACCAGAUUUUGGUAUUCUACCACAAAUGAGUUUCUACAACGUGUCGUACAAUCCUCUAGUAAAGCUAGAUACUCAUACCUUCAGCUCCAUGUGUAAGCUGACGAAAGUUGACUUAUCAGAGUCCAUUCAAAAUAUUAAGCUCUGCGACCUGAAGAUGAGCAUAAUGUGGUUCCAAGACCGAAAGAUAUAUUUCCAGAUUAAGUUGGACGAAUACUCUCAGUUGAACUCUAGAGAAUUUGAAAACUGUCCGAAGUCCGUCUUUCCAGACAGUCUCAACGCCAGUUAUAACCACUGCCAAAAUGAAUAUACUGAGGUACAAAACGUAACGACAUCGCGUAGCACCUGGAUGACCAUCGCCGGUGGUCUCUUCGGCUUCCUCGUCGGCUUCGUGCUACUGCUGUACAUAAUGCACCGGCAUAAUGUUGCGCAAACCAAAAAAACUAACAAAGAUAUAAAUAAAGAAAAACCGUCCGAUGUAGAUAAGAACGCCACUGCCAUACUCCUAAAUAACGAGUCAUAGCUUAGUUUUAUAUGUAUGAACAUUGAGCACCUAAUACAUAAUAAGUAUAGGACGCGCCAAUCUUCGAGUCUACUUUGAACACGAGAGUGGAUGUACCAAAGAUUUUAUACUAUUAGCUAUGUUACGUGCCUACAAAAUCACCGCAAAAAGUGAUCUGAAUUUAGCUACACCAAUGAGCACACAUCAUGCACAAUUUUGUGUUUUCUUAUAUUAUAAUAUAUUUAUGCAUAUAAAGUUUUUACAAUUCCCUGGACACACAACUCGACAUCGUAGACAAUAUUACUUGUUUAAAUGACUUUCGUUGUUUCCAAUGUGACUAUACCUACCUACACGUAAUUUUUAAGACAAUUAGCCACAAGCGCUAGUGACAUAUCUACUAGCAUAAAAUCUUUGGGCUGUACAGUAAACGCAUAGCCGGAUUAAUAUAGGCUGCAGAGUUCAGCGUAUUGCAAUUUGCAAUAUCGUCAGCAAUCGAAGUUUGCCGCGAACUGACCUACGAGUAUUUAUUAAGAUCAUUUUUAUGCCAAAACCGUACCCUUUUUUCUGAAUUAGGGAUGAUUUAUGCUAGACCAUAAUAGGUAGUUAGGUACCUAUAGGUUGGUAUACCUGACGAUCAAGUAAGUAGUAGUUACUUAGGUACCUAAAGGGUAUAUAAUGUCAGACAGACGAUCAAGUAAGCUCACAUGCCUGCAGCGCUAACGGCUUGACAUCCAAUGGCUUGAUCGUCAGUGGCUGACAUUAGGCGUUUUCGUCUUCCAAAAUACCCUUAGCCCGUAGCCCCGUCGGUCCACGUUUUUUUCAUAACAAUUGAUAGCAAUGUCGUAUUACUUAAAUAGGUAUUACAAUAAUACACUGUAAUCUUUGGGUAUAACGACAUGCAGGGUUAUUAUGUAACUCGUUGUUCCAUUCAUACAAUCAGUAACUACAUCGUUUUUCAUCGUAUUUUCGUCGAAAUCAUUUCAACGAAAUUACAUAAUAGUGGAAGUAGAUAGUAUAGUAGUGGAAGUCGAAAGUAUAAACGUUAUUUUAACAAAAAACUGGUAUUUGCGUCAUUUCGUUCAAAUAUUAAUGUUAGAUUAUUGUUCAAACAAAACAUCAUUGCCACUUGAUGUAAAAUGGCGUAGUUAAGGUCAUGUUAGAUGAUCACAAAAACGAAAAUUCGUCGAAAAUCGAUGUAGUGACUCAUUGUUUGAAUGGUACACUGAGAUACUUAAUAAGGCCGAUGGCGACCAUAGGAAAUGCCUUGAAGGCUGCCUGUCAACCAAAGGGGAGUUAGGGAGCGUAGCGGAGAAACGGAGACUAAUGCGGAACAGAGUUGCGUACUGUGUCUAUCCACUGGAGUGUUUGGAUACUAUGUUAAAUUUAAUUUAUUUAACCCCGCUCCGCUUACCGGUUUAAUAUUAAUGUUUAAACUAGCUCGCAAGUCCCUGUCCAUUUAAGAAGAGCGGAGAUUUUGUACUAAUACUAUUGGUUAAUAUUUCUCCGUUUCUCCGCUCCGCUUACGUGGACUGGCUGCCUUACUCUAGCACAGCGAAGACAGUUUCGUAUUCACAAAUCUUAAUCUUAGUUUAGUACCUAUUUAAUUAAAAUAAUAGGCUAUAUAAAGGCUGAUUAGAAUAACUAAUUCUUACAAUAUUACUAUUUCAUUUGAAGACAAGUAAAUCUUUUGAAACAUGUUUUGCUAAAACGGAAUGAAUGUUAUAGAAUGUAUACGCAUUACGCACCCUAUCUAAAGUAGGUAUAUUAUUAAAAAUAUCUACAUAAAACCCAAAGAUUAACCCACGUUUAUUUUCUAAUCUUAUCGAAUAAAAUAUUAACAUCCUUUAUAAAAAUUCCUCAUGAAAAUGAUUUCAUAAGCAACGACGGAUGUGUUGAAUGUUGUGACAACGUAUUGCCAAAGAAUCCAAAGAUAAUGUAAAUUAUUUUUCUAUUUAUAUAUAAAAUAAUUCAUUAGUUUUUAGAAACAAAUGUAAUAAGUUGAGAAGCUAGCUUUUGCACUGUGAUACGAAAUUUUUAAAGUAUUAAAUCUUUACUAGGUAUAA